AAAAGUUGUAUUGGUAAACUAUACGUAAAUUAACAAGAGCUAUAUUCACGCUAAUUGACAAAUCAUAAAAAAAAAGAAAAAAUGUAGACGUACUAUAAAUGAUGCACAUACGUCACCAUUAUUAUAAAAUAUACGUUAUGACAUGAAACUGAUAAGAGCAAAUGCAUUUUUUGAUAAAAAUAGUAGAUUGUAUUUUACUUUUACAUUUUAAUUUAGUCAUCAAAUGGUCAAAAAUAAAAAUCAUAGGAAUAGGAUGAUGGGCGUGUGUGUAAUGAUCAAGGCACUUCAAUGACGUCAAUCAUAACCUAUAACUAUGUCUAUCUGAUUAGCUGUUGUUGUGAACGCGUGGUAUGAAUGUGUACUUGUCUGUCUUAUUAUUAUCGUAUAUCAUUUAUAAUACGUAUUAUGUACUUAUAAGUGGAUUUAAUUCUAUCAUUAACAAUACUCAGCUUCGACCAAUACAAAUACUACAUGUAUAUUCAUGAAAAUGCUAUGAGAAAUCCACGGCCGACAUUCAAUGUUUCAAAUUAUCUUAAAUCUUGAAUAUCAAAUCAAUUUUCAACAAUGUCAACGGAUGGUGGUGAGGCAGGUACAAGUACAGGAUUGCAACAUCAGCGAGUUAGCAAGACAGGACCACAAAUAAUAACAUUCAUGCAAGGAAUAAAUAGUACAAUGGAAGACAAAAAUAGCGAUUAUUUGUGCCCUAUUUGCUUCGAAACUAUUGAAGAAGCACAUGUAACAAGGUGUGGACACACAUUUUGCUACAGAUGUAUAACUAGAUCAUUAGAAACAGUUGGGCGCUGUCCAAAAUGCAAUAUUAAUUUAACCCAGCAAGAUAUUUUUCCCAACUUUUUAUUAAAUGAACUAAUUGCAAAGUACAAAACUCGUGCCAAAAAUAUAGCCACAUUAGAUCAUAGCUUUGCAUCAGAUGGUAAAGGCAAAGGAUUUCUUUCAACUGAUACUUCCAUUGACAUUUCUGAAAACUUACGAAGUUUUCUGUCAUCAGAAAAUCCAAAUCUCAGCUUAUCUGAUAUUGAUUCUCUCUUGGAAUUACUUUCUCAGAGAAAACAAUUACUUGAGGCAGAAACUUGUGCUGCACAAAAUAAACUUCUGUAUGAGUUUUUAAGACACCUUUUAACACAAAAAGAAGAACAAAACAAUCAAUUGCAAAAAGAAGUUGUUGUGAUAAAAAGGGAUAUCCAAGAAGUAGAGAACAUUUUAAAAGAUUUACAAAAAAAGUGUCCAAAAGUUGAAGAUCUUAACAAGUCAUCUGAUUGUGACUCAGAUAAUAUGCAAGCUAUAAGAAAAGAAAUGAUAAAUUUAAUCAAUGUUAUUGGUUCGAGUACAAUGAAAUCCAGUGAGGAGACAGAUCCAGUAAGAAUGUCUAAUUCUCCUACUAAUCAAAACAAGUACAACACAACUAAUUUUGCUUUGCCAGUACGACGUCGAAGGAUGCAUGCACAUUUUGAAGAUUUUGUUGAGUGUUAUUUUAAUUCAAGAGCCAAAGAAUUACAUUUUGGUGGAACUACUUCUGAGUCAGACAGUUCUGGUUUAGACAUUUUUCGUGAAGAUCUUGUCAAAUUUUCACGCUACAAUUCGUUAAAACCACUAGCUACAUUGAAUUAUUCUUCUGAUAUUUUUAAUCCCUCUAAUAUAGUUUCUAGUAUUGAAUUUGACAAAGAUAAUGAAUUUUUUGCGAUUGCAGGUGUUACAAAAAGAAUAAAAGUGUUUGACUAUAACACUGUCAUUCAAGGCAUUGUUGAUCUUCAUUAUCCAUGUGUUGAAAUGACUUCAAGUUCUAAAAUAUCAUGUGUUUCUUGGAAUUCUUAUCAUAAGGGUAUUUUGGCUUCAUCAGACUAUGAAGGUACAGUAACCAUUUGGGAUGCAAUUACAGGACAACGAACAAAAGUAUUUCAUGAACAUGAAAAGAGAUGUUGGUCUAUUGAUUUCAAUAAUGUUGACACAAGGCUAAUAGCUUCUGGUUCUGAUGAUGCUAGAGUUAAAUUAUGGUCACUUAACGUGGACCACUCAGUAGCCUCACUUGAAGCUAAAGCUAAUGUUUGUUGUGUUAAAUUUAAUCCUCGCAGCUCGUGUCAUUUAGCAUUUGGAUCAGCUGAUCAUUGUGUACACUAUUAUGACUUAAGAAGCAUGAAAGAAGCUCUUUGCAUAUUUAAGGGUCACAAAAAGGCUGUGUCAUAUGUAAAGUUUGUUAAUGAACAAGAAAUAGUAUCAGCUAGUACUGAUUCUCAGCUAAAAAUGUGGAAUAUUAAUAAUCCUUACUGCUUACGUUCUUUUGUUGGUCAUAUUAAUGAAAAGAAUUUUGUAGGCUUAGCUACAGAUGGUGAUUAUGUAGCUUGUGGCUCAGAAAAUAAUUCAUUAUAUGUUUAUUACAAAGGUCUGACAAAGCAAUUAUUUUCAUACAAAUUUGAUGCUGCUAGAAGUAUUUUAGAUACACAAGAGAGGCGUGAUGAGGAGUUGAAUGAAUUUGUUUCGGCUGUAUGUUGGAGACAGAAUUCAAAUGUUGUUGUUGCUGCUAAUUCGCAGGGUAUAAUUAAAAUACUUGAACUUGCAUGAGAGCAAAAAACUAUAGAACUAACGAAAAUACUUUAUGCAAUAUAAGAUAUAGAAAAAUUAUUUUUAUAACAAUAUUAAUCGAUACAACACUAUUACGUUACACAGACUGAUUGACUAUGUAGUCGUAUAAAAUCUACUUUAGAAUUUUUUGUCUUUGCAUUAGAUCUUUUAAUAUUCUCUAAAUAAUCAUAUAAACUUGUAAAUUUCACAGUUUUUUAUUUGAUUUUUAGACAAAAUAAGUACAAAUUACUUUAUUGCUUCUUUUCACUUUAUGGAGAUUAAAUAAAAGAUCUCUUUUUUAACAGGUGAAAUUUAUAUAUUUAAAAUUUAGUAAUUUCAAGCGCAAAAAGACUUAACAAAUGAUUUCAUUUUUGAAAAAAAUUAUUUUUAGAUAAAAUGAUACAAUUGUAGCAUAGGAAAAGUUAAAUUUUAUCUAAAACUAUCAGAUAGACUAUUCUAUAUACUCUAUUCAAAUAUGCAGCUUAUACAACUUCGGCCUAUUAAAUAUUAUGCCACAAAAAUGUCAUUCUCUUUAGAUACAGAUAAAAAAAUGAAAAGCUGAGACAGCUUUUCCUUUCAGUGAUAAACUAUAAAUACCAAAGUUGUGAUGUGCAGGUUCACUAUGAAAUGGGAAAAGUUCAUAACUACAUUGUACAAACAUGUGAAAAAUUAUUCUUUUAAAUUAAUAUUAAUUAAGUCACUAUCACAUAUAUUAAUAGUAAAUAUUACAAAUUCACCAUAAAUCCGUUUAAUUAAACUAGGUCAAUAUACAAUUAAAAAGCUAUACUAUUGAAUCAAAAAUAUUUCAAGUACAAUCACAUAUGUAGGAAAACAAAGAAAAAGAACUUUCUCAUUGCGAUAAUUGUUUUACUAUGUGCACUUUUAAUUUGUUACAAUGAUUUUCAAACAUUUUUUCUGUAAAAUAAUGCGUUAUCUGUGUUGUAGUGACAAUUCUAUGCUAAACCUAAAUUUUGUAUGUUAUACUUUUAAAAUAAUAGGAAGUAAAAAUUCCUGUAUUACAAUAUUGUCCUAUUAAUAUAAAAAUAACUAAUGUAAUCAUAAUAUCUUAGCUAGAAGUUAAUGAUUGUUGAAUUUUACUGUCAUGUAGAUUGUGAUUGUCAAUCUCAACUUUAAACUGUUAAAAUAAUAUAGAAAUCAAAUGUAGAUGUUGAUAAAAAUUAUAUGCACAUCUUAUAAGAUGCGAAAAUUACAAUAAUUAAAACGUUAUAUUAACGUUUGUCUAUAAUUUUACAAGGUGAAAUAGGCUUCAAAUUUUUAUUACUUUUUGUAAUUCGAGUAAAAAAAAGCUUUCUUCAAAUUACAAAAUAAUAAGAAGCAAACAAUGUUUUAAACGUAUUUUUAUCAUAUUAUUAACGAUAUAUUACUUUCAAGUAUUUUUAUAUUGAGAAUCAAGUUUUAAUAUUGACUUUUAAAAACAACUAAAUCGUAUUUAUAGUAUUA